CGGAAUGGUGCGAAAUCUGCCAACUAGGACGACCGUCCAAGACGUGAACAUGGGAAAAACAAACCCGGUCGAAAUAGAACCAGAAACUGAAAAUCAGUUGCCAAUUAAGACAGUUAAAGUCAGAGGUGGUAAAAAAGGAAGGAAAAGAAAACAACAAAUAACAAAAAUGGCUGUCAAAAAGCCCCAUUUUCCUUACUUCCAGGACAACUACUGCCCUCCCGAUUGUGCCUGCUAUGGAGGGGUGGUCCAAUGUUCCGACAAAGCAGUGGAAAAGAUUCCGUACGGCGUCCCCUACAGUGUCCGCUACCUUCUGCUAAUGAACAACCACAUCGACAGCAUCCAGCUGGACCUCCUCAGGGAAUACGUCUCCAUGGAGUUCUUGGUCCUGAGCAACAACCGGCUCAAAGACGGCACCAUAGAGGGCGCGUUCGAGGGCGUCCCGGCCUUGAAGCGUCUCUACCUGGAUGGUAACCUUCUGAUGAGCGUGCCGACAGAUCUUCCGGGUUCUCUAGAGGAGCUGCGCCUGGACAAUAACGGCUUGGCGGUGAUGUCAGAGGUAGCCUGGGCUCGGUGUCCUGGUCUCUUGGUGUUAAGUCUUAGGAACAACACACUGGGUGAAGGAUCGGGAUCUCUUCCGGACGCGGUGCUUUCCCCUCUACGCCGCCUGCAAACUUUGAACCUGGACCUCAAUCAGCUGACCUCGGUUCCGCUGGGGUUGCCCCUGUCCGUGAAGGAGCUGUACCUCAGAGGGAACCUUGUUGAGCACUUCAGCGGGCGAGUCUUUGACGGAAAACCCGAGCUGGUGGUGCUGGAUCUGAGUGCUAACCGACUGACCAAUAAGGGUCUUCCUAAAGACGCUCUCCUCAAUGCGACCAACCUGGAGAGUCUCAACCUAGAAGGGAAUCGUCUCAAACAAGUGCCCCGACACCUUCCCUUAUCCUUGAAGACCUUAAACCUCGAGUGCAACCUAAUCUCCUCUGUUAAACGAAGAGCCUUUAGAAACUUGAAAAACCUGGAACACCUGGGCCUGGCUCGGAACAAGAUCUCCAAAGUGGUUCCAGGCGCCUUCCGGAGCUUGCCCGCCUUGCACCAGUUAGACCUUUGCCACAACGCCUUAAACCACGUACCCAGGCAGCUACCACAGGGUCUCCACUCCGUCGCGCUCACGCACAACAAGAUCCAAUCGGUGCCACGGGAUGCCUUCUGCUGGGGCCUUGCGGGUUCUGGACUCAGCAGGCUGGUUCGAGUCCAGCUAGAGAACAACUUGAUUGACAUGGCAAUGCUGGAUUCGAAGGCUUUCAGGUGCUUGAGAGGCUUCCAGGUGGUACAUUUCUACUGA